AUGAUCGUCGAUCAAAUUAUCGAAGGAUGCCGGUCGGCUGACUUAAGGAAGAAGCUAUUGACAGAGGAGUUGACACUUUCUGAAGUAGUUAAUCUGGGAAAAACGCUAGAAGAAGUCCAGAAACAAACGAGGGAAUACGAGAAACCCUCAACGUCGUUUGACGAUGGCUCAUUGGUUCAAAAAGUUGUUGCGAGGACCUCAUCUAGUACCAGAUCUUGGGAAGGUUCAAGGAAAUGCUAUAAUUGCAACAGACCGGGACAUUUGGCCAAAGAAAUAGACAAAUGCCCGGCGAAGAAUGUGGAAUGCUAUGGAUGUCGAACGAAAGGUCAUUUUAAAGUUUGCUGCCGGAAAAGGAAACACAAUGAACCGGGAAACAGAAACUCAGCUGGAGCCAAACGAAUUCAUGCAAUCAUCAGUGACGAGACGGAGACAGAUAAGGGUAUUUUUUUCGUCAAGGCCUCGGAGGAACUGAAUGAGAUACUUGAGUUGAAUAUUGGUGGAGUGAUUACGAAGAUGGUCAUCGACUCCGGAUCGCCAGCUAACAUUAUCGAUAGCAAGACAUUCAAGAGGUUGAAAAAUCAAGGAGCACAGAUCCUGAAUAAAAGGAAGCCUGAAAGCGACGAAAUCAAAUUCAAGGCGUUUGCAUCUGAUCAGGACAUAUUCUUCAGUACAGCAUUCGAAACGGAGGUGAAAAUUCCUGGUGAAGAGACUGGAAUCUGGUCCCAUAUCUUGGUCGCUCCGGAAGGUCAAGUUAGCUUGUUGAACAAGGGAACUGCAUUUGCGUUGGGAAUAUUGAAAAUCGGAUAUCAUGUGAACCAGAUUUCGGCGGAAGAGCGUACAAAGGACGCAAACGAAGGACGGGAAGCGUUUCCUAAGAUACCGGAUGUUCGUUUGUCAAUCCAAGUUGAUGAAACAAUAACACCAGUCGUCCAAGCAGCUCGGAGGUUUCCCAUGUCCAUGGAAGCGGACGUGGAACAAACGAUUCAAGAGCUGUUGGAGAAACAAAUCAUCGAACGGGCGGAAGCUUCCAUAACAUGGGUGUCACCACUCGUCCCAGUGAGGAAAUCCGAUGGAAGAAUCAGAUUGUGCGUAGAUAUGCGAGCUGCUAACAAGGCAGUUAAGCGGGAGAACUAUCCAAUGCCGAAUAUCGAUGAUGCAAUGUCAAGAAUAAAGAAGGUACGUAAAUAA